AUGUCGGCUGAACUGUGUGAUCACCCAGAAGAAGUACACAAAGAUAUUUUUAAUGAGAGCUUCAUAAUGGAAGUCACUGAGUGUGGCAAGUCUCCAAGAAGCCAAAAAUCUCUAACCUACAUCUUCCAAUUGCUGGCUGAAGUUGCUAAAGCAGACAAGGGUAGACAGUUAUGUACCAAUGAAAAGGUACUGAAGAUGAUAAUUGAAAACCUCAGCAAAAAGUCCUUAGACGAAAAAGAAAAUUUAUCAUUCCAGGCAUGUAGAGUCUUUGGUAACAUCUGUUUUGAGUCAGAGCCAGCUAGAGAUAUAGUCCUCAAAUUGAAAGGUCACGAAGAGAUGAUGAAACUGAUGAAAUCAUUAUGCGAUGAUAUCAUAUCAUCACUCUCGCUAUCAUUUGAUAUCACACUGCCAUCGUCUGCGUACUCCAUUGUUACCAAACAUUUAAAAGUUGCUUGCGGGGCAUUUAUUAAUCUCAUUGACGAGCAUGAAGAACUACAAAAACUUGUCCUAACCAGCGGCAUAUUUGACAUCAUACAGAAACUGUUAAUCAUCAAUUAUGGCAAUACUGACAUUGUCAAAGUCACUCUGAACAUUCUAGAAUAUUUCCCUGAUUUUUUUGAAGAUCGGGCUACACAGUCAUUUUUGUCAUCCCCCAAAACAUGGGAGGCCUUCUAUUUGGUGCUGAAAUCGUCGGACGAUCAAGAUAAUGUUGAUACACUCUUCCGGAUAUUAAGCUGCUACGCCGAACAUGGUUUAGUUGGGGAUAGCAACAAAGAACUAAUAUCAAAAAGUCAAUUUCCUCAGAAAUUGUUAUCUUUGGUGGAUGAUUUUGAGUCGACUUGUGCAGUCAAAUAUAUUGAUUUAGUUGGUGAUUUCAUCAUCCUAUUGCUAACUGGAGACAAAAGUAUGAACAUUCUGUUUGGCAAUGCGGACGGGGAGGUGUACAAACAGUUGAGGGGGUGGAUGAACCCUCAGUGCCCCGUCAAAAUCCAGGCUGCGGCCGCUUUUGCUAUCUGUAAUUUUGCUAGAUCUGAUACAAAUUGUGUAUCUUUGGUCAAAAGUGGAAUUGUUCGAGAGAUCAAAACCUUACUCGAGGUCUACCCAGUCGGAGACAAGCAGCACGUCCUGCAACACGCUCUCUUUGGAACCCUCACUAAUUUAGCCAUAUCUCCCCUCAAUAGAAAAAGUUUGUUGAGCGACGGCGUUGCUGAGACUUGUCUAUCGUUCCUGGCAACAGAGUCCUUCACCGUCCUCUUCAAAAUGCUCGCCACACUAAGGAUGCUGCUCAGUCAGAACGAAAAACUGGCCUGCGAUCUCGGUAGAAAUGAGAAAUUCCUAAAGAAGAUAGAUGAAUCCAUUGCAGCCAGUAGCCACGAGGGAGUCAAAUGUGAAUCCCUAAGAAUAUUUGCAUCGAUAGUCAAAAACUGUCGCGAUACAGACGUCAUGAGACUGUUGCUGCAGCAUCAUCUACUUCAACAUCUACUCUACCUACUGGAAUCCGAUCAUAUAAUCAUGAAGAAUGAAGCGCUCCUAUCUCUCAAUGUUCUCGCUACGGCUCUUGGUUACUCCUCAUUCCUAGAUUAUAAUUUUGUUACUACCAAUGCCAGAUUUACCGGUCGAAGUUUUGUGCAACACCCUGGUACUGGCUACCACAUCUCUCAAAUUUGGUUUCUUUUUAUUGCUUUUUAA